AAAGUAGGGCGGUGGGAGUGAACGAAACGGUGGUUUCUUACGGUUGAGUCAGUCGUCUUUAUCAUAUCACCCAGUGCCAGAGUCUCUGCCUGCUGAGAGCUCACCUGAACUUUAAUGAACAGGAGUCGAUCUGCCACUCCGAUCAUAAAAUCUCAAGAUGAGUAAACAUGACUCAAACGAGAAGUGUGUUUCAGUAAUUUCUAAGAAAAGAAGACAUGAUGUUGAUGCUCUGCAUGGUUUGACACAAAAGUUUCCUGAAGUUAUAAAAACAUUCUCUCAUGGUGAUCUCCACAUGAUCACAGAAUACUACAAGCCCUUCCUCACCUAUGUGAUUGAACACGACAUCACAAGCAUCCUGGAAAAUCUGGUAACCAAGCACAUCCUCACCACUGAUGAGGCCAAGAGUUUCAAAGCCAAAGAAGAAAGUGAGGGACAAGCAGCUGUGGAGGUCUUCAUCAGUGACAUAAUGAAGAUGGAUAGUAUAGUGCUGGUGAGCCUGUGGGAAGCACUAGCUGAAGAAAUUUUGAGAUUUCCAUCACCAAACCUGAGCAAAAUACUGACAGAGGUGACAGAGCAGGGACCAGAGCUGUUGACUGACAUCGAAGCCAGUUUAAAAUCCCCUCCUAUUGACGCACAUAUUAAAGACCUUCAUGACUUGCACAGAGGUGGUGUGUUACAACCCCCAAUACCUCUGGAGGAUCAGGGUUCUCCUGGAUAUCCGCAUGCUAGUGCUAUGGGCUCUGAGAGUGGAUACACAGAGCUGAUGGUUGAUGACCGUUACAUAAGGACCUACAGUGAAAGGUACCAUGAACUUGUUAAGAUAGGCAAUAAAGAUGCAGAGCCGGUGGAAAAACGGACAACGGAGAAAUGUGACCAAGUCUGGAUGAAACAGCUUUUUAGAAGAAGUCCAGGAAGUGAGACUACCCCUCACAUUGUAGUGGUCAGUGGUGUAGCUGGAAUUGGUAAGACCACCAUUGUCCAGAAGAUCAUGCUUGAUUGGGCCAGAGGCACUCAGUACCAAAGAUUUGCAUUUGUGUUCUUGUUUAAAUUCAGGGAGUUCAACCUUUUAGACAUUGAGACAGAGAGACAAAUUUCUCUGACUGGGCUGAUUGGAAGGCACUAUAAGCAUCUCGGUGACCCAAAACUGAAAGAAAUCCUGCAGAAACCAGAAUCACUCCUUUUUAUAUUUGAUGGAGUGGAUGAAUACAAACACAAACUGGACUUCAAACAGGAACAACUCUGCACAAACCCAGAUGACCCCUUUCCUGUCCACAUCCUGGUCACCAGCCUGGUCAGUCGGGCAUUACUGAAGGGCUGUUCGGUCCUGAUAACAAGCAAACCAACAGCCUUGGAGACGCUGGACAUGAAAAGAGUCGAUUACUUUGCAGAGAUCCUGGGGUUCUUUCCUGAGCAAAGACUGAUGUACUUUAAGAAGUUCUUUGGUGACACUGAUCUGGGCACCGAGGCUUUUCGGUAUGCGGAAGACAACCCCAUCGUCUACACCAUGUGCUUCAACCCCUCAUACUGCUGGAUGAUUUGCUCUGCAUUGAAAAGUCACUUCAUGACACCUAAAGAAUUACGAGGCACUGCCCCCAGAACUGUCACCGAGGUCUUUGUCAUGUUCCUUCACAACAUCCUUAGCAAUCAUAAACAAGAGGCCGAGGACAAGCAGGGGAUUCUGGUCAAACUGGGAAAAAUGGCUUAUUAUGGAGUGGAGAAUAGGACUCUUGUGUUUUAUGACAAAUUUGAGAUGUCUACCUUUGGUCUCCAACUAGUCCUCUCCUCCCCGAUCCUCAAAGAAAUCCUGCAGAGGGAAAGCAGUCUGGAUCACACAACAUAUACAUUCAACCACCUCACCCUGCAGGAGUUCAUGGCCGCCUGCUUCUUCUAUCUUGAUCCAUCAGGGGAUAUUGAGGAGCUUUUUGUGAAGAUGGACACCUGUAAAGAUGGCCGGUUUGUGAUUUUCACUCAGUUCUUGGUAGGACUGGCCAGGCCUUCUGUGCUUAAAAUACUGGGGGGAAUCCUGGGGGACUUGGAGAUGAAAACAGAAAAGCGGGUACUGGAGUGGGUGAAGAAAAAAGCUGAAAAGAUACUAUGGAGUGAAGCUGCAAGCAAUGUUCAGCUAAUAGUGUGUCAGUGGCUCUAUGAGACUCAGAAUGACUACUUAAUCAGAGAAGUCAUUGGGAAGGAUUUAAAGUUGGACUUUAGUCAUAGAGGUUUAUCCCAUCUGGAAUGUGAUGUGCUGAACUCUGUCAUUGGCUGCUGUGGAGAACUCGGGGAACUUGACUUGUCAUACACACUUCUUACCCCAGAGUUCUUCAGAAGACUGGCACCGUGUCUCAUCUGCUGUAGAAGCAUCAACCUAACCGAUUACGCAGUCUCGUCUGAAUGUUGCUUGGCUCUAUCCUCGAUACUCUCUGAUGAAAACUCACGACUGACCGAGCUGAAGCUGUUUGAGGAUGAGUUGGAAUAUUCAGGAGUGGCACAAUUGUGCGAGGGGCUGAGGAGCGAAAACUGUAAAUUGGAGAAAUUGAGACUGUGUUACUGCUUUUUCACCCCUGGAUGUUGCUCAGUUCUCUCCUCAGUCCUGUCUUCUCCACACUCACGACUGACUGAACUGUGGCUGGACUACAAUGACCUGGAAGUUUCAGAAGUGGAUCAGUUGUGUGAGGGGCUGAAGAGCAAAAAUUGUAAAAUAAAGAAACUGAGCCUGAGUCAAUGUAAUCUCACCUCUGGAUGUUUGCCAGCUCUCUCCUCAGUCCUGUCUUCUCCACACUCCCAAAUGACUGAACUGGACCUGUCUGCCAAUUGUCUGAGUGACUCGGGAGUGACAGAGCUGUGUGAGGGACUCAAGAGUGAAAACUGUAAAUUGGAGACACUGAGCCUGUCCGGUUGUAGUCUCACCUCGGGAUGUUGCCCAACUCUCUGCUCAGUCCUGUCCUGUCCACAUGCAUCAUUGACUAAACUGGACCUGAUGAGCAACAAGCUGGAGGAUUUAGGAGUGAAUCAGCUCUGUGAGGGGCUUAGGAGUGAAAACUGUAAAUUAGAGAAACUGAGCCUGGUAUCGUGUCAUCUCACCUCUGGAUGUUGCUCAUCUCUCUCUUCAGCCCUCUCUGCUCCACAUUCACGACUGACUGAGCUGCAGUUAGACUAUAAUGACCUGCAGGAUUCAGGAGUAGAUCAGCUCUGUGAGGGACUGAGGAGUGAAAACUGUAAAUUACAUAAACUAAGCCUGCGUAAAUGUGGUCUCACCUCUGGAUGUUGCUCAGCUCUCACGUCGGCUCUCUCUGCUGAACAUUCAAACCUGACUAAGCUGGUGCUGUAUGACAAUAACCUGGAGGACUCUGGAGUGGAUCAGCUGUGUGUUGGGCUGAGGAGUGAAAACUGUAAAUUACAGAAACUGGGGGUGCAUGGAGUUGGGAUCAGUGAGGAAGAGAAGUGGAACCUGAAGUUGCUGGAGGAGGAGCUGAACAGAUCAGGGAGACGGUUAGAGAUUAAUGUAUGAGAGGAGCAGUUUUGUGAUUUAAAGUGAUGUUCCAGUGCCGGUACACACCAUCUCACUUCCUCAGAUACCCUACUGAAGGUUUCCCUUUAUCUUUUUCUUUUACUUUUAUUGUUUUUAGGUUGUGACACAGAGUUGACCUCAGACCCAAACCAUCACUCCUUUCUGAUAGUUUCCAUCCCAGGGCCUUAAAGCUCAAUGCCGACCUGAGUACUGAUAGAGCAGUGUAGAUAGCGCCACCCAGUGUCAGGCCUCCUCUUUACAGGAUACAUCUAUGAAGAUAAUUGGCAAGCACUCAGUCUUGCAAACUUGACACAGGAGUGUGAGGUGAUGACAAGACAUCACUUGGUCCUGCUGUCCAUUAUUAUUGUGUCCAAUCUCCCUGCGUCACGGGAAGGUGUGGCUCGCUGCCUCAUCAGUACAACUAAAUAACAGAAAAGGCACAAAUGUCUGCGCCAUCAGGGUAACAAGGACUUUGUGCGUGUUUCCACAUUAAAAGUAACAAAUAACCCAAAUAUGAACCACUUUCUGCUCGGAUUUUGUUUUUAUUUUUCCAUCAAUGCACAGACACUGUUAGGAUCCUUUUUUUCUGUAAAUUAGGUUCAGAUUGCUUUUACUGUGAACCAGAAAGUGUUAACAUCAGAAUCACAUUGUUUUGGCCAUGUAUGCACACUUAUUUUUUAUGAUUCUUGCCAAAUUUCCCUCUUGAGGACAAAUAAAUAUAUAUCCUUUA